CUAAACAAAAAAAUAUAAUAUACACACAUGGUUAAAAAAGUAGUUCAUUUUCACUAACAAGAACAUUUUCUCAAGCUAAGCUAAAGUCAGAAUGUCUUUGAGCAGGCCAAAGCUAUAAAAAGUAUAAAAAAAUAGGGACGGGAAAAUUUCAAAGUAAAAAAAUAAUAAUGGCAAUUUUUUUUUUGAAUCACAACACUUAGCUAACUAAUUUAUUGUCAUUGUAGACUGAGCUUAUAUUGAGCCCUUACAUUUGACUAUGGAACUUCGCUAAAUUAAAAAAAAAUAUUGCAGAUAAUACAACAUGUAAGACCACUCAUAACAUUCAGAACCGAAUAUCAGCCGCCUGGCUUAAGUGGCGCGAGCUUACGGGAGUUACCUGCGACAGUCGAAUGCCCAUUAAACUGAAAGGGAUUAUUUACAAGUCAGUCAUAAGACCAGUUCUCAUUUAUGGAAGCGAGACGUGGGCCGUAACAAAAAAGCAUGUCAGUACCAUCCAAGUUGCCGAGAUGAAGAUGUUGCGGUGGAUGUGCGGAGUAACGAGGCUCGAUAAGAUCCGUAACGAGUACGUACGCGGUAGCCUUGGAGUACGCGAUGUCGCCGACAAAAUACAAGAAAAACGGCUGCGAUGGUACGGACAUGGUAAAAGGAGACCACCUGAGUACAUCGGCAAUGCGACACUCAAUCUCGAUAUACCCGGUCAAAGGCGCAGAGGCAGGCCAAAACUGCGGUGGUUGAGUGUCGUAAAGAAAGACAUGGAAAUCUGCGAACUCAAAGAGGAAGAUGUCCAGGAUAGAGCGAAGUGGAAGAAGAAGAUACGGAAAGCGGACCCCGUCACAAGACGGGAUAAACGCUAAGAAGAAGAAGGAGAAGACCACUGUCUUUUUUUAAUGUUGUAGUUUUCAAAUAUUUUAUUUUCUAAUAAAAAAAUAAUCACAAAUUGAUUUGUAAAGCUACAAAGCAGGAAUGUUAUUCGCAGAAAAUUAAAAUACGCAUCAUG